AUGAACGUUCUCGACGAUUUCGAGGAGUUCAUGACCGAAUUUGAUGCCGCAAUCGAUGCGCUUCAAAUUCCAAGUCGACUAGAGCAGUUAGAGGAGUUGAUUGUUGAAUUUACCACUCUGCGAAGAGAAUUUAACGAGACGGUAGACGAUGCCGAGGCAUUUGAAGUAAUGCAGAAAGAUCGCAAAGAAUUUAACAAACGGUCUCACGAGAUCAGGGCGUUUUGCUUGAGAAACAAUCCGCAGGCAGCGUCAGUCGGUAGUUGGAAUACGACGCACGCCCACACCACUAUCGGGGCAGGAGGUUCGAACUUGCGGUUACCGAAGGUCGAACUGCCGAGCUUCGAUGGUGAAGUCACAAAAUGGCUAACUUUCAAGGACAGAUGUUUGGCGAUGGUGCACGACGCAGCAGAGAUGCCUGAUGUGGUCAAACUUCAAUACCUAUUGGCUGCACUUAAAGACAAGGUCGCGCGGGACUUUGAAUACGUGCAAAUUACGGCGGAGAAUUAUCUAUCGACAUGGGAGGUGCUCGUUAAGAGAUACGAUAAUUCAAAGACCUUAAAGCGGGAGUACCCGAGAAACCAAAUUGAGAGCUUUUGA